GGGCUGGUUGCGGGGCUGCUUCCUGGCCGGCUCUGGCUCAGGCGUGACAGAGCUGGGAAGGCCGGGUGCGGGGAGCGAGGGAGCCGGCGUGGGCGGCCUCACAGCCUCUCGGCCGAGCCCGCAGAGCCUUCGGUCGGGCCCGCGGGAGCGUCGGCGGAGCUGGCGUCCUCUUUGCUCGGACAGGGCGUCGGAGAGCCUUCCCCAGCCUCUUGGUGGGCGAGGGGUUCUCCGUCCCACCCCAGCCAGACUGAGAGGGGUUGAGGAGACUUUCGAACCGGGAAACAGACUCCUGUUUACAGUUGCUGUACCCGGAAAAGAGCUGCAGUUGAUGGGAGUGUCAGCAAACUCGACAUCCUGCAUCAGAAUCUGCGGCGCUUAGUUCCGUGCCGGGAGGGGAUUCUUCCCGUUUGGGGAUCGGAGUGUGACCCUGCUUCCAGAGAGCCUGCGGAGUGCCGGGUUGUGCAGCCAAGCAGGAAAAGGUGUACCUUUCUAGAGCCACGCUCCUGCAGUCUUGAACCCUAAGAAAAGAUGUGGAGUGGGCUGCUACCUCCUGGCCUAAAUGAAAGUGAUGUUGAGUUGGAUUCUGAUGAUGAAGCCACAUCAGAGAGCUCUGGCCAUAACUUACAGGAGGAUAAAGAAGAUGGGACCGUUACAGAAACAGAGACCUCAGAUAUCCCUACCGAUGGACCAAAAGCUGAAGCAGAGGCAAAUGUGAAUGCAUAUGAAGAGUGUCCCUCUGGAAUUCCCCUAAAUAUGUGGAAUAAAUUUCAAGAAUUGCAUAAAAAACGUUCUGAACAGAAAAUCUCAACCUCAGGAUCCAGAAGGAAAAAAAGAAAACGCUCCAGAAAAGGUAAAUUGAAGAAUGAAGAAGAAUCUCGUAGUGAACAGUCCUCAAGUGAAACCCAGUUGAAGGAGCUUACUCAGUAUUUUGGAGUCAAUGAUAGGUUUGACCCCCCUGUGAAAAAGAAAAAAAUCGAAAAGUCGGGCCUUGAAAAGAGCAUAGACCAAGCUGUGGACGAGUGGAACAUUGAGAAGGCUGAGGAACUCAGCAACCAGCUGGCUACUCGAGAGCUUGGUGUAAAAAUUGCCAAAGCGAUUGCCUGCCACAACUUUGUAAAAGCCAAAAAGGAUGCUGAAAAUUCACAAGUUGCUCGAAAAAAGAAGAAACUUGCCUGGGGGUUUGAAGCAAAGAAGAGGUGGGAAACCAAAAGUAACAUGGGAUAUAUGUGACUUGCCAGCUGUCAAGACCUUUGAGGCUUCACUAGAGUCUUCAGUUGCUUGAUUUACUGAGAAGAUUCGCCUGCUUAUGUUAACUAUGUCAGGAAAUCGAUAAAAGUAGGAAAAAUAAGCAUAAAAUUUGGGAGUUGAUUAUCAAAUCUUUUCAGUCUUUUUCCAGAGUUCAUCCCAUUGAAGUGAAUGAAAUGGAGCAUUCUCUUAUAUGUGCAAGAAAUCGAAGCACACAUAUGGGGAAGGAAAGAUAGGGUUUUAUUUAUUUAUUUACAUAGACCUCCAGUCUAAAAUCAGUUUUAUCUUUCAUCCAUUUGGCGUUGCAUAGCCAAUGAGCUCCUUUCUUGUCUGGACUCCUGGUCACUGCACUUACUCUGGUGCUGGGUGUUUAAGAUUGGCAUUUGUUUAUAAUGGAUUAGUUCCAAGUGCAAGAAGGUCUCAACUGAUACUGUCUUUACAGAUGACUUUAAUUAUCUUAGUGUUAUAAAAGUAAUUAUUGGUUCUUUAUUGGGAGCAAAAGAGUUGAUAUUUCACAGUCACAUAAUAAAAGCACUUGGUGAAUUUUUGGGUACCUUCAGAUUAAAUAACACAAUUUUUAGAAAAGGACAGAAUGUAGUGUUUGGAGGUUGAUUUAAAUUCAGCUCUGCCUGGAAAUGUCUUCCUCAGUAUCUCUCUUCUCAGCCAUGUCAUCCUUUAAAUUAUGAGAUGAUUCUUAGAAGAGAAGUUGGUGUAGUUGUUUCAGAUGGUUAUAACUCAAGACACUGUAAUUUUGAACCAUCUAAGAACUUGGUGUGAUUGUGUUUUACUCCUCUUCCCCAUUACUCCUUUAAAGAUUGAAUGAAUAAAUGAGGAUAAAAGGGGGAGUGGGGCCAUGGGAAGUGGUUUUCAUUAGAAGUGUGCUUCCUAGCCCUAGUCAGAAGGGGCUUGGAGAAAUCCGGUGACAAGCUGGUGAACAAGACCGCAGCCGGACGUUCUGACUUUUUGGCAGGCCAUUGGUGUUCUGGCACCUCCCUCUUGGAGCUCAGUAGAGGUGAAGAACUAACGGCUUAUUGUGGUUUCCAUCAGUUCCCUUCCUCAGCCUUCGCCUCCGCCUUCCUCUAGGUGAUAAUAUGGAUUCAGGAACGUGGAAAGUGAAUCAUGAUUAUAAUUACAUUAUUAGUAGUAUUUUUUGUUAUUUUUAGACUUACAAAUAGUAACCAAAUUUUACUAAUUUAUGGUGGCAUAUUGAAUUUUUUUUCUAUGUUCUGGAAUAAGUGAGCAAUUAGUUGCUGUUUAAGAGAACAGAAAUCCUAUUUUGCUCCCGCUUAGGUGACAAAAGCCGUAUAGAGAAAGCAAGUUUUUAGGAGAUGGUAUAUGUACUUAAAGAAUUCAUCAUGAAAAGAUGUUCAGGUCAAAUAUUGGAAAACCUUACAUUUUAUGAUUUAAUAUUUCCUGUUGGGUUUUGUUGAUAUAAUCAUAACAUGGUUUACCUACAACAUCUUAUUUCCAGCUCCUAAUAGGUGAAUACAAACUGAGAGCAUAGGAAAUUUUUCCUCUAAAAGGUCCCUGACGGGGGAACGAGCCACUGUACGACGCAGUGGUUUUGUCUGGAGUGUGAGGACUGUUCCCUUUGAGCAGGCGGGCGGUGUGAGCAAGUGUGAGUAUUCUCGCGCCCUGAGACGGGCAUCACCCUGCAGUCUCUGGCCGGUUUGUCUUCUCCUGUGUGUGUCUACUUCCUUAGGGCAUUUAGUGAGCCCUGCAGGCACGUUUCCCACUCUACUCAUGCUGAGGCCUGGCAGAGUGGCCUCCUUUAGGGUCUGAUUUGGGAGCCUCUGACCCAGAGACCAGCUGUCGAAGCCCAUCUUCUGCCUGCUCCAUGGCUGGCAGUUGCCCACUCCGCCCUGCCCAGGGGUCUCACGUCCAUCUCAGGAUGGCAGCGUUUUCCCUGAGUGGAAGGCUCUGUGGUGGAAUCAGGCAGCAGGGGACUCAUUUGAUAAGAGGAGCCAUGUCAUGUAAGCCCCCACCGUUCGGGGGCCUGGCUUGUGAAAGGCUCCAGAACACAGCCCGUAAGAGGAGGGAGUGGGAGGGGAAGAGGAUUUAAGGGGGAGGAAGGGCCUGGAUGUCUGGGGUUAGCCCUGCUGGCACGUCAUUUGGGACCACUUUAUUUUUAAUCUGCUUUAAUUCGAAUUAGACAUUUUACUCAUUAAAGCAUUAAAAUGGGGACAUUAUUCUUAGAAUACCCAGGUUGCCCCUAAAGUGUAGUCAUUUGCCCUCUCCAUCUGGUCACAGCAAAAUAAGGAUUCUUUUUGGAUCGGUAAUAACUUCAGUUCCUGAAGCUUUAACAUGUGCAUUUACUACCAGCAGAAUGCCUGAAUUAGAUUAGUAAUGUAAAUGUCAGUUAUUGUUAACUGAGAUUAAUAUGUUUCGGGCCAUGGGUAUGGCGUUAAUGUAACUGUGAUUUACUGUGUAAGUACUUCAGGCUAAAACACCUUACUAGAGAACAGUGAUUUUGAGCUUUACAGCGCUGGCUCUGAGAAGUGGAGCUGAUGGUGCAUUCUUCUUUGGGAGCCCUCAGGAUGUUUCUCAUUUUCAGCAGAACAUUCUGCUUCUUUCACCAGAAGGAGAGUUUGAAUAUAUAAUCUCAGGUUUGCUAUAAUUAGUUCUGAUGACAGAGUUAAAUACCUUGGCCAGAACUAUAAAUCAGUAGUUAAACAGGUUUCUGCAACUGAUCAUAAAUCUCAAACUCCAUAUUUUAAACACGCUUAUUUUUUUAGAAAGACAGCUCAGGGAGGGGCAGGCCAAGGACAGGAAUGAAAUGUUAUCUGGACUUUGAGUAACAGCUUGAAACCUCACCUUUAAAGUCUACUGAUUUUCCUGAUACCUUUUGUGUAAAAUGUUAUCUUGUAAAUAUUUUAAUAACUUAGAUUAUUCUUUACUCUGAGACAAGUUUGAAUUUCAUUCUUAAAAUAUGAAGGUUAAUUUUCAGAAGUCCAAAUUUUCAUUUGUUAGGUAAAGAUAUCACAUUUUUAGAAAUAUAUGUCCUGCUAAACUAUAAAAAAUGUUAUAUGAGAUUGAUAUUUAAAUAAGAUGCCAAUUGUGUGUAAUUUUUUUAAGAGGUAAAGUUUGAGGAGACGAGGUAAUAGAACAUUAAUGUCAGGCCCCAUUUUGGAAAAUUAGCUUAGUGAAACGUGGUAGUAAAAUUCAGAACCAACUGAAAUCAAGUUUUUCCAUGUUGGCAGAAGUUGCUUUUAUUUUUAGUAUCUGGCAGAGUAGCAAAUGCUUUGCAUGUCAAUUUAGUGUUUUUUCAGGCCAACUGUUUAUUCAUUGGCUUAAAAUUUACACUCUGCUAAAGUCUUAGCCUUGACUUUCAUGAAACAAAUAGUAAUAUUUGGACAAAAUACGUACAUGAAAAUCUUUUUCCAAGACCAAAUGUAGAUUGGUAUUUGUAGCAUCAGUGCCUACUAACAUGGUAAUGGAUCGGAAAAUACUUUGAAAAGUCUAAGUCAUAAACCCAGGGCAAUGCAUUUUAAGGGGUUAAUUUUUGUUAUGAAAUAAUCAGAGCAUCAUUCUAAGUUUUCAGAUUUAAAUUAGUGGGAGACUUUCUGCUAAAAAGUAGAGUAUAUACACUAAAUUUCAGUGAACUGUCAAAAGAUUACUUUUUAUAUAUACAUACAUAUGUAUAUGUGUGUGUGUAUAUGUAUAUUCCUGACCUUGGUAGCAUUCUGA